UAUUUCAGUUGUUCAAAUCUUGUCUCGGCGUUACACCGCUGCACCCUGCUCCCUGCAACCCUCCGAACUUUAGUCCCUAAUCCAUUCCAAUUUCAAGUAAACAACCUGUGAUUUUAGUGACGAAAUGGGACUGUUGCUGUCCGUUAUAAUCUCCUACGCCGGGGUCAACGAAGCAAUAGAAACCCUGAGGCACAUACUGAGCGGAAUCCUACCGGACACCGACCCGGACUUCCAAGACCUCGUCGACCACUACUCCAGACUGCUCCAGAAGACCGCCAACCAUUCCACAGCGGCCGACUGGACCAUCGGCUGCGGUCAAGGCUACCUCUGCUUAACUGAAGACAACGAUGGAAAACUAAAAUCGGCCGCUGUCAAGUACUACGAUGGUCAACCCGAUUCUACAGCCAUUUUAUUCUCAACAAAAAUUUCCAGUUUUGGACAGGACUCCGUUGAAGAUAGUAGCUCUCAAUCGCAAGCGAACGGUGACUACAGGUCAGAAAGGUACUUACCGACAAAGACGAAAACAAUUAUAACGAACACAUCCGAUUCCUUCAGUGUCGGCUACAGAGACAGAUCACCAACGUCUGUUACUACGUCUAGAAACGAAGCCAAAGAGAAACUGACCUGGCAUUACCGCCCUAAGAGCCCCACCCCACAAGCGCAAACACUGCCCGAAAUACAUUUCCAAUCAUUCGACGAUGACCAAAAAGGAGUAUACAGCGAAGACUUUUUAAGAUCACUUGACGGAAUAAAGUUCCGACCGUUGCAACGAAGCGACCCGAGUGGCCGGCGCAGGAGUUUCAAAAAACGUCACUCUUCUUCGUCGAACUCUUCUAAAGAGUCGCGGGCGUCCCGCGAGGAAGAGCUAAAGCUGUUCACGUCACUCGAGGAAGCCGAGUUCGACAGUAUGCGUAAAGAUGACAACGUCAGUGGUUUUGGGAGUGUCCCUAAUCUAGCCACGCGUUCUUAUUCCAGAAGUCGCUCGCGGGAAAAUUCCAGGGAGCGAAGAAAUGAGACGUGGAGCACUGACGCGUCUGUGGACAGCGCGCCUGACGAAGACACCACAGACAAGAAGCCGAAAAUGAAGGAUCUGCCUAAACUCGACUCCUUCGAAGAAGAAAAAGAUGUCAAUCAAGAGAAAGAGCUCAUUUUCAGUGGCGAAUACACCAAGGCGAUGAACAAGGACUGGCACAGCGGCCACUUCUGCUGCUGGCAGUGCGACGAGUCGCUGACGGGCCAGCGCUACGUUCUGCGCGAUGAGCACCCCUACUGCAUCAAGUGCUACGAAAGCGUCUUCGCCAAUGGCUGCGAGGAGUGCAACAAGAUCAUCGGCAUCGACUCUAAGGACCUGUCGUACAAAGACAAGCACUGGCACGAGGCGUGCUUCCUCUGCGCGAAGUGUCGCGUGUCGCUGGUGGACAAGCAGUUCGGCUCCAAGCUGGACAAGAUCUACUGCGGGAACUGCUACGACGCGCAGUUUGCCAGCCGCUGCGAUGGAUGCGGCGAGGUCUUCCGCGCUGGCACCAAGAAGAUGGAGUACAAGACCCGGCAGUGGCAUGAGAAGUGCUUCUGCUGCGUAGUCUGCAAGAACCCCAUUGGCACCAAGAGCUUCAUCCCUCGUGAGCAGGAGAUCUACUGCGCCGGCUGUUAUGAGGACAAGUUCGCCACCCGCUGCGUCAAGUGCAACAAGAUCAUCACGCAAGGCGGCGUCACGUACAAGAACGAGCCGUGGCACCGCGAGUGCUUCACGUGCACCAACUGCAACACGUCGCUGGCCGGCCAGCGGUUCACGUCGCGCGACGAGAAGCCCUACUGCGCCGACUGCUUCGGCGAGUUGUUCGCCAAGCGGUGCACCUCCUGCACCAAGCCCAUCACUGGCAUCGGCGGCACGCGCUUCAUCUCGUUCGAGGACCGCCACUGGCACAACGACUGCUUCAUCUGCGCGCAGUGCAAGACCUCUCUCGUGGGCAAGGGCUUCAUCACCGACGGCCAGGACAUCAUCUGCCCCGAGUGCGCCAAACAGAAGCUCAUGUAAAUACUCCAGACGCACGCUUGCUAACGCUUGCCUCUCUCGGACCGCUCUGUGUCUGUAUUAUUUACCACCCCCGAUUGUGCCAGCGGGGUGACAAAUGACGAUCGCACGAAACGAAUCAUCUGAAUAGUCAUUUGUUUUCUUCUAUCACGCAACUAAACGACGCGUCACGUCUUCAUCCAUUCGAACUGUGACUGACCAAGAUUUUUGUAAUUGUGCAGCGCAAACACCAUUCUACCGAUAGUCGCUAAAGCCCGAGACUGGUGCACGUUAAAGCAACCGUCGAGCAACGCCCGUACGGCCGACCCUUAGUUAUUUGUUACUUAGAAGCGUUGUUGACGAUAUUUUUUAUACAAAAAAUCGAAAAAAAAUAACAAAAAAAUGUGGAUGCACAAAAUAUGUAUUAAGUAUUAAUUUCGCUUUUCUACUGAACUUUACUUAAGGUGUUUAUAUAUUUUGACUGUCUAGUUUGAGAUAUUGUCACUAAUACCGCGCGGUGAUUUCAUCCACUUUAUUUAUUAAAUUAUUGAUAUCUCCUAUUCAUGCUAAUGCCAUAUAGUUUCGCUUUGGCUGUUGUAUUAGUCAUUUAGAUUAUAUUGUCAAUUUACCUAGUGCGAUUCACACGAUGCCUUAAUAUCAUAUCUAAGUCAAUUUCAAGGGUAGGAAGCAUAACUUGAAUGUAUAAUACUAUAUCUUCUUAGAUCCUUAUCUUCUGGUGUUGCCAGAUUCUUGAUUUAUAUUAGACAUUUCCGAAUGGAAUGUAUUAAGUGCUUGUCAUUGUUAAAAUGCGUAACAUAGUUUUUAAGAAUACUAUUGACAGAGUAAUUAAUGUAUGUUUAAGUAUUUAUUAUAACGGGAGGACGCACUUAUUAUUGCCGCCGGCCCGCCAGGCCGCCUGUCGGGCCGGCGUCACUCUAACACUUACUUAAGUGACGCGAGUCAUCUAGUUUUUGCUAAUAAAAAUUAAUAAUAUAAAGUAUUUUUGUUCUCGAAUAGGCAUCACUUGUAUUACAAUAAUGUAAUUGAAUGUUAUCGAUAUUUUUACAUUUUAAUGUUAGCAUAGUGACACCUGUGUCGAGCGACCGACCACCAACCUGGGGAACACUUAAGGGUUACUGUUAAGGGUUAAAUUAUUCGAAUGUUGAAUAAUAUUAAUUUAUAAUAAUGUGUACACAUUUAAAUUGCUUAGCUGUGUGAUCUGAUCUAAUUAAAUCUUUGUAUCUAUCUACCCAUAGAAUGUAAACUAUGAAACUGAAAUAAAUGAUUCAAAAUAACUGAA